AUGAUUGACAAAGACUCCAAGUAUUUUUCCUUGAGCGGCGAUAUCCCAGUUGGCGGACCAAGCACUUGGCAUAUUAUCGACUGGGACCAGAGACGAGUUGUUUCAGUAACAAUGGACGGCGAGCAGGACGAUGAGAGCCUCGCCAUUGAACAUUUCAGUCGCCAUAGUGAUCGACUAUCACUCGAUAUUCACAGAUUAUACGUAUCGCCUAACGGUGAGAUCAUCUCAACUUAUACGGAUUCCAAAAACGAUCCCACCUGCUGUGUACACUAUCCAUCCCUUCCCGAUGCCUGCCUCCCAGAAGGAGUUCGGACUGUUCGGCGGGACAAGCUUGAGGAACUCGAGAGGCUUGGCCCUGACGCGGACCUUGUUGAAUACUCGCCAUGCAUAGAAGGAUCUGCUAAAAAGGUCGUCUUUAAGUACUAUUUCUUGUGGCAGUAUGCGCAGAUGUCUUGGAAGGAGAUGAACCUAUGGAUGCGUCUCCCACGCCACCCAAAUAUUGUCCCCUUUGACCGAGUGGUCGUUGACGAGUUUGAAGGUCGCGUAGUCGGAUUCACCAGCAACUACGUGCCUGGCCGCAAUCUGGAAGAGAACAAGUCACGCGUUUUCAAACUCGAGUGGCUACAGCAGCUUAUCGAGGUCGUAGACAUCUUGAACCUUGAACAUGGCGUCGCACAUCAAGAUAUCGCUCCAAGAAAUCUCCUGAUUGAUGAACCGAAAGACUCUAUCAUGCUAUUUGAUUUCAACUUCGCAGCUCGCAUCAACUGCACCUCACCAGGCGAGGGUGACAGCUACGUCGAGGACCGGAACGAUGUCAAGGGUGUCAUAUUCACCACCUAUGAGAUUAUUACUCAGGAUGAUAGUCUCAGGAGUAUGCCCCACGAAGAUCAGAACCUCGAAAACCUUAGUUCAGAGUGGAAGAAGCAUCCGGAGGUAAAGUUAGACCAUCCAGUCGAAUCAUAUCAACUUCUUUUGAAGGAAUGGCGGGAACGACGGGAAGCAGGCUCUCAUUCAGGCAACGUUCCAAGGCCCAUUGAGUGGCCGGCAAUGCCCAAGCCACCGCAGAAGACCAUUUUCUUAAAAACUGUGCAAGGGCAGACAACCUCCGUCACAGCGGACAGUUGGUAUGAGAAGCGGCAGGAUAUCCGGGAUAGAGGCGGUAAGGUCCUUAACUGGGAACGACCACCGCAGAGGCUGAUAGACAACGGCUUUCGGGUGCUCUCUACCGGCGAGAUAAUCAACUACUAA